AACUGGUUUUUUUUAUUGUAAUGUUAUGUGGCAUCAUCAGUAAUGUUUGCCGUUCUUAUUUCUCACUUUCAGGAAACAUCUGAUAGUUUUGUCAUAGAAUAUUUAACCACCUGCAACAGCAAACAGAUAUGGCAUUGGUUGGGUGGAAUUUACUUCUCGAAGAUGUUGUUAAUGACGUCAGGAGUGUAUUUAGCAUACAAAACUCGCCACGUAUCCUCUCCUCCUUUACGAGCUUCCCGAUCGAUCACUAUGUGCUGUUACGUCGCUGGUUGCAUUGGUUUAAUUAUGCUACCAAUCUGUGGAUCGGACGUUUUUUAUCUUAACGUGAAGUAUAUACUGAUAUCUAUUGUAGCUCUUGUAACGACUGGAAAUGCGACUAUACUGUUGGUUGUCCCAAAGUUAUUGAUUAUGAAGAAGAUAACGAAGGCAGGCAAGAACAGACAGGAAAAAAUGCGUUUUAAUUCUUCAUUAAAGAAGUCUAAAAACAGACACCGCUCCAGUUGGUGUUUCUGUUGCUCUAGUGAUACUUCGAAGAAGAAACUGGAGUAUUGUGAAACAUUACUAGUAGGGGAGUUAGAGACACUUAAAAGUACAUUACUGGAGAAAGAAGCAAGAAUAAAAGAAUUGAACGAUCGGUUAUAUUUUGGUAGUGAACAUUUUCGAGCAUAUAUCACAAAUGGCAAUAGUCGCCCUCACACAACACGAACCAAUGCCGAGAGAAGAGCCACUCUCUGUGACAUAAGUAUGCCUAUGCAAGAUCAAAUCUCCCUGUUCCACGCUCUGAGAAAAGAGCGACGUACGUCUUUCGUCGAAGACUGUACAAUAGAGCGUAGGUUUGAUAAUACAGGGUUUGUUAGCAAUACUGAAAAGUUGAGAAAUCAAUAUGAACAUAAGGUUUCAAAUAGUUCUGAUGAAGAAUGUUGCAGUGAUGAUAAGACAGAGGCAACGAGAUUAGAAGGCAAUGGUGAUAUGGAGAAAAAUAGAGAAAUCAACUCGUCACCCCAAGAAUCAGGCCUAGGAAUGGACGAUAAGUGGGAAAGUGACUGUAAGGUCUGUCCCGAAUUAGAGAGAUCAGACGACGGCAAAGCUCUUCAUGAAAGAAGCAGUCCUAAAUAUGAAUCAAAAGAGAAACAAGUAGAACAGUUACACCGUUGCGUCAGUUCUGACAUUCCAACGGUUUCCAGAAGUGUUGAUACCUCCAAAACUACGAAGGCACUAAGCCCAAAGCUUUCACACGAUAACGAUGACACCGAAAUGUUGCAGCCGAGCCCGACCAUCGAACGCAGAAACGUUGCUUAUGCUCAUCGACGCCUCACCAAGUCGCCUGCAUUUGUGUAUAACACUAGAAAAGUAAAAAUAGACUCUAAGAGAAAGCAUGAUUUAGGGAGGGACAAUUAUAUUGACCACCAGAAAUAUAUUCAGUAUAUAUAGCUCCACUACGAACUAUUCGGCCAUAGCGUGAGCAAUUGUAUGAAAACGUCGAGUGUCGGGCAAGCGCUUACAAUCCGUCAGCGGCAAACGCAGUGUGCAGUUACAGUAUAUUUAACGUUAAAUUCGAUGGAUAUGUCUCAAAUGCUAGUCUGUUGGCGAUACUUUUAAAUGUUGGUACGAUGUGUUUAAUACUUGUAUUCACGUUAAAAUAAAAUCUGCACACUUAUCGUAUGAAAUUAUUUCUUCAUUUUACAGUAAAUUCAACACAAACUUAUUAGGCGUCUGUCAUUUGCUGAAGGACUAUUUUCUAUAAAUUUGUCAGUAAAAAUAUUAAUAAUUAAAAUUCAAUUUUCCUUUUGCUUUUUUGAACUAUUUAAAUUUGGCAAUUUUCGCUGGGCCAAUGGGGACCCGCAGCAGCCACUGUACAGUACAGCGCCACCAACGUAUUAUCUGAUACACUGUCCUUUUCCCACCGAUCUCUCGUGCGAGGUUUACCCGAGGAGCAGAGCGAUCUAAUUCAAAUUAAACGGGGGUCUACAACAGGAACGUUACGUCUCAGCCAAGCACUCAGCUCUGAAAACUUAGCUAACAACUAAAGUAUACGAAGUAACAAUUAGUGCUGUAUAUCGUGUGCUAACGGUGCGUUAAUGUAGGCUUAUGAUAAGUACUUCACUUUAUGCUGAUAUUUAUAUGAUGUUAUUGAAAAUCAGUUUUUUUUUGUAGAUUAUGGUGACAUUGUACUUAUAUAUAGAGUAAGGUAAUAGGUCUAUUGACAGCAAACUGUAGCUCGUAAUAUACAUAUACAUACAUAUAUACAUGUACACAUAUAUUUGCUAUAAUUACAUUAGAGUAUACUGUAUUAUGUUAUACAUUCAGUGUUUGCGAGUUGACUAUGUGACCGUUAUAUAAUCGUAUUUUUGUACUGAGAAAUUGUUUGAGAGGAGAGGGAUGAAUAAAAUUAACAUCAAGACUCAAGUUCGAUAAAUUCAUCGGAUUUGUUUUUAUUUGUAACACUGUCUUGCUCGGAAAUAUUUCAGUUAAUCGCUGAAGUUUCUAAAUUCUGUUUUCCACUAGGCGAUUUUAUUCGCGCGAAUCGAGAGAGUCGGUUUAUGCGCAUGCGCAUUCAUAUCUCUAACGGAGUUUUUCGCUUCAGCGAAACCAGUAGUUCGAACUUUUUCUAUGCGUAAAAAACGCGCAACCAAUAAUCAGCACAGGAAGGGAACCGACGCUUUCGAUUCGCGCGAAUUAAUUCGCCAAGUGGACGCGAAUCAAAGCGUCGGGUUGCUUUCUGUGCUCUGAUUAGUUGCGCAUUUUUUCGCUUCGCAAAAACUCCGAUAGGAAUGUGAAUGCGCAUGCGCAUUAACCGACGCUUUCGAUUCGCGCGGAUAAAUAAGCCUAAGUGUGGAAAACCAGCUUUAAGUAGCUUUAUCACGAGCUGACGUCUUCAAGCGCAAGCGUUCCAACGAUUGCUAAGCGCGUGUAGAGGAUGCGUUGUAACAUAUCCAAAUAAAAAGACCUGAGAACUGAUGAUGUUUAUAUUUUCACAUGCAUAGAAUGUUGAAUGCACGGUCAAAAAUAAUAAUUACGCCAGCUAAUGAUAAAACCACUAAUAAUUCGACUGUCAGCCUUAAACAUUUUUUAACUUCUUGAAAUAAAUAUCUAUAAAUAGAAAUAGUUAUCUAUGUAAACUGAAGUUCUGUCCACACUAUCAAAUUUUCUUUGACAAAAAGCUGUUGUAUGCCCAUAUAUAGUCAUGUUGUGCCCAUAUAUAGUCAUAAUGUGUCUAAAUAUGGUCAUAAUGUGAUGUCAUCAUGAUCAUUAGAUGUCGCAUGUUUUUCGUUAAAAAAAUGGUAGUCUGGUAGUCUUACCAAUCAUUAAUAUCUAAAGCCCUGUUCAUUGCCUAUCGAAUAUUAUUUGACAAAAACAUGUGACAUGACUAAAUAUGGUCAUGAUGAUAUCACAUCAUGCCCAUUCAUGCCCAUAUAUAGGGACAUCAUGACUAUAUAUGGGCAUACAACAGUUUUUUUUGUCUAAGAAAAUGUGAUAUUCUGGACAGGGCUUCAUACUACUAUCAAAGUAGAUUUUGAUUGCACAUCGAGUUUAGCGACAUGAGUACCAGCUCACGCGCGCAUAAUUGGCAAAAAGUGUUAAAUCAAUAGAAUAAUUUUGCUUCCCUCAUUUUUAUAUGUUUCAUAGAGACAGGUUUGACAAUGGUUGAUGGGUAAACUUUUAGAAUAUGUUGUCUUAAACAUAGUUUUUUUUUUUUUUUAUCUUGUACAUUAAACCAAAUAAUAUUCGGUAUUAUACUGUAUAAUUUAUUAUAAACACUACUAUUUGCAAUUUGCAUUAUAUUUUGACGCACUGUAGUGAAGCAACCUUUUAUUAUAAUUAAUUAUCAAUUAUAAAAUGAUUUGUACUACGAUUAAUUUUGUCUUUGAUCAACAAACAAACACGAAAAAUUAUAUCAAUUAUACUUAUAUGCCAGUUACAGAUAAUAGCCACGUGACCGUAAAAUAUGGACAUGUGACCGUGAAUAAUGACGUUGAAACCUUACCAAUUAUAAUAUUUCGAAUUUAAAAGUCAUAAGUUAUUUUAGGUCCACUACUUGUCUCACGUGGAACCCGUGAAUGAAAAUGAUAAGAACAACCAUGUAAUGAUAUAUACAAAAAUGUAAAUGUAAUAUGAUUAGUACUGUACUGCGUUCCUAUAUUAAGGCGGUUAUGUUCGGUUUUCUUUACCUCAUCUACAAAAUAAAAUGUUA